GUGUGUUUGGCGUAUGCUUUUAUACAUUCUACUAGUGGGAGGUUGCCCAAUUUCACGUGGAACUAUGCUACUCCGUAUCACAAAUUUUAGUAUUUCCUUUUAUAAUUUGGAAAUUUAUUUCCUCACAAAAAAAUCAAACUUCCCCAAAUUUAAACAAUAAAUUUUUUUGAUGAACUUCUACACAAUUCCUACAAUUUAAUCCCCUUCAAUUUGAUUUUUGGAGGAGCAAGAAAAGAUAAACCCCACCAAUUGUUUGCUUGUUCUUUGUUGAAAUUGAAUUCAAGGGUAGAAAACUUUCAGCAAACCCUAAAACUAAAGGGGAAGGUUGGUAAUUGGUGACUAGAAACAAAUGGGUUCGGAUGUUAUCGAUGAUCCCGUUCUUAAUGAGGAAAGCGAUGCUCCGGAGGAUGUAGUGGAUGAUCCUCAGUCCAACAAAAGAAAGCGGGGUAAAUUACCAAAAAAAAUAAUGAAGGCAGAGAGAGAAAGAUUGAAGCGUGAACAACUAAAUGUGCUUUUCGAUAAACUGGCUGGUGUUCUUGAUUUAAACCAAGAGAACAACGGUAAAGCUUGUGUACUGAACGAGACGAUUAAGCUCAUGAAAUAUAUGGUUUCUCAUAUUCAAAGCCUCAGAAAGGAGAAUGCAACUCUGCUGUCAGAGUCUCAAUAUAUGACAGCAGAGAAGAAUGAGCUUAAAGAAGAGAAUUCUGCACUUGAAGUGCAGAUAAGGAAAAUGCAAAAUGAAGUGGAAGAGAAGCUAGGCCAAUCUAAGCCUGUCCUAAACGCAAGCCCCCCUCUUGAAUGUUGGCAUGGAGAAACACCUUCACACUUCAUGGAAGGCCAGUUACCACCAUUGGCGACCACUGAUCCAUCUUCACAACAGCCAAUUCUUGGCCCACUCUAUGUCAUUCCAAUCAAUCCUGACCUGCAAACUUUUCAAAAGGCUGAUGCAGCUUCUAAUUUACCUAGAACUGUGAGCAAACCUCAUGCUAGAUAUCCCACACCAGCUGACUCGUGGCCAUUGCAGCUGUUGUCGAAGCCAGUGGAGACGAUAAUAGGACAGACAACAUCAUAGAUUGCACUUGGUGUAGUAGAAUUAGCAGACAGACAACUUGGUGGACUCGACUUCAAUUCCCUCACUGAUUAUAGUAUAUAGCUACGUAAGGAAUGCAAGUAAUCCAUGUAUUAGCUUAUGUCACUAUAUUCAGUCUCAUAUUUGUAAAUCAAUGGAGUUUCUAGCAUUUAUAGCAAUAUUAAGUCUUGAUGUACAUGUUUACUAGCUUCUUUCAUAGGUCAUGCUUCUCAAUUGCUUUUUCAUUAAUCAAAACAAGAUUUUCCAAAA